UCCGUCGCCUGGACACUCCCCCCACUCGUCCUCAUCCUCCGACUCCGACCUGCCGGUCGAAUGCCUCACUCCGCUGGCUACGAACGGCGAGUGCCAUAGCCAUCGCAAGGCCGAGGCCCUCAGACCUCUCCUUCCCUUCGAGGCGCCCUUACCCUUCGACAUUGAUGGUGCACGCGGAGUCGAUGAGUAUAUUCUGGAGUUCGAUGAGUGCUCGGCUCGCAGGCAGGACCUCUACGAGGAUCUCGCGGAGCGUGCCAUUGCUUUCCACUACCUCUGCGCUGAUCCGGUCGAGGAUGAUGACAUGCCCACGGCGUUCUCUGGUCCAAUCCACGGUUCUUCGUCUACCAUCUCUGUGGUGUCGCCAACAAGCAACGCGGCGCUGGAGUUCCCCGAAAGCGAACCUUCCGAUGGCGAACAUCCCGACAUAGACACCGACACCAACAGUUCAGACGACCCAGCGAACCAAACUGUCGACACCGACGACGACGACGACGAGGAGCCACAGAUCCCCCUCGUCCUCUAUCACCGUUACACCAAGACUCGCUACCGAAUCGACGGCAUUAUCGGAUGCGGUGGAUUCGCCCGCGUCUUGCAAGCCACGAAAGACUCAGGCGAGUGCGUUGCCAUCAAAGUUACGCACAAGAGGGAGGCCUAUGCAAAGAGCCCUUACAUACACGACUUGCUGUGUCAUGAGAUGGACACCUUGCGGUGGGCGACUACACACGCAUGCCCAGGGUUGACGAAGUUGAUCGAGAGCUGGGAGGACGAAGACAAUAUUUACUUCGUCAUGGAGCUAUGUCGUGCUUCGCUGACGCAAUACAUGGAGUUCAAAUAUGAAUUGAAGCGUACAGACUUGUCACGAACGCGUCCGGAGUGGCAGAGUAUGCCUCUAGAGGAGAAAUACUACUGUGCAGAGUCGAUCUUCUCACUAUGUCAGCUUCAUGACUACGGGGUCGUGCACAGAGACAUCAAACCGGACAACCUCCUCCUUGACAAAGACGGUCGAUGCACCCUCGCCGACUUCGGCCUGACAGUCUGGGCUUCAACUGCGUCAGUUGAAGAUGUUGUGAUACAGGACGUCGGCGGGACACUGUUCUACUUCGCACCGGAGCAGCAUAUGGGCCUCCAGCACAACUACAAGGUCGAUAUCUGGCAGCUCGGCUGUGUAUGGAUCGAGAUGUUCGCCGGGCUCAAGUAUUCCUUCAGUAAUUACUUGCCGUCGGGAACACAUUACGAGGACAGGCCCAUGUGGAUGCGGGAUAAACUGCGCACCCGCAUCAGAGACGACCUCCAGGACCAUCCAGCGUUGGAUCUUGUACUCGCGAUGACGGAUGUCGAUCCUUCCAAGCGCCCCACCGCUCAUGAAGUCAUGGGACACGAAUGGUUCGCUGACGUCGAUUGGACGGCAAUCAUGGCUGGGGUUGCCCCGCUCCGGCACUCGUUCCUCCCGGAAUUCAGAACCCCGUCGAGCGAGUGUUCGCCGCGAUUCUCCACCUUCGAGGCCUUACGGACUUCGCUCAUGAUGUCCCGCCAACAUCGCUCUGAGUCGGACGCUGACUUGGAAGCCCGAAAUUUUCAGCUAGGGACGUACGAACUCAACCCAUACUCCUUUGUUUGGCCCACCCCUGCCCCGGAAACCCCGACACCUGUGCCUGGUGCACUUGAUCCAUGGUCUAUGCCUGACGAGCUUGCUUCAUGGUGACCCUCUCCUUGCCAGUCACUCAUCGCCGGAGAAGACUUUCCGUCAUAUCGCACAUUUCGCGGCACCCCCCCGGCCCGACGACUCAUCGCGACUCCUCAUUCUUCCCUACUCUGUCUCAUCCUCAUCGCAUCUACACUCGCAUAUGUACCAUCUUCGCACAUCCCGGACACUUCGCACUUACAACCAAGUCAACUCACAUAUCAUAUAUCAUCUCUGCAAUCUUCGGACAGUUUCCCUUCUGCGUCUCAGUCGUACUUGCUAUCUUCCGCUAUCUUAUCGUAACUUACUGCUUUGCUCGCUUGCAUACUAGUCGUCUGGCGUUGUCAUGGUUCUGUCGUGUUGUACCUUGCCUUUUGGCUUCCUUGUUGGACAUCAGCCUCCUAGGUCUGUGCUCGCUUGUGGAUAUAGAUUCGUGCUCAUCGGCGCCGCUAAAGCUUCUGGCGAACAGAGCUAAC